AUGGGAGCUGUGAGACUGUGGAACCUAAAACCCACGUUACUUGGUUGGCGUUCGUUUACUGGGUCGCAUCUGGAGUGUGCGUUUUUCACUCUCUUCCUCCUCCCUUCUCCCAUUUCCUUACAUUACACCUCACACCCUCUCUCACUUAUUUUAUUUAUAACCGUCUCACUCACUUGAAUGUCGGCACCGCAGAGGCUUCUCUGCACUCUCUCUUCCAGAACCUUCCUCUUACUUCCAUUUUCCCAUCCCUACAGAACUCUCGCUUCUCCUCCUUCUCCUUUCUCACUCAUCCCAAUGCCUCGCAAUCAGCGGAGGGGACAACAAUGGAAGGAGAAACCGAAACGCGAAGGGGAAUUAUCGGCUGCGGCUGCGGCUGGGGGAGGUGCAAUUACUUCUUCUGCUUCAGCUGGAACAGUUACUAACGGCCUUGCCGGAUUGCGUAUUGCUGAAAGCGGGGCGGCGAAAACCAGUGUUGGAGCUGGUGUCCAAGAUAGGAAGGUGAUUUGGAAACCGAAAUCUUAUGGAACUGCGAGUGGAGUCGCAACUGCCGAAGCUGAAAUGGCUGGUAAAGGUGCAGCUGAUGCUGAUGCUGCUGCUGCUGCUGCAGGGGCUGAAGCUGUUGUGGCUUCGCCCAAAACGAGUGGUAGUCCCAGUUUGAGCAAGUUGUUUAGCGGUAAUUUGUUGGAGAAAUUUACUGUGGACAACUCCACAUACUCGCAGGCGCAAAUCAGAGCUACUUUCUACCCAAAAUUCGAGAAUGAGAAGUCAGAUCAAGAGAUAAGGAUAAGAAUGAUUGAGAUGGUAGCUAAAGGUUUGGCUACGUUAGAGGUUUCUCUCAAACACUCUGGUUCUCUUUUUAUGUAUGCGGGUCAUGAAGGUGGAGCUUAUGCGAAAAAUAGUUUUGGAAAUAUGUAUGUUUAUACUGCUGUUGGUGUAUUUGUACUUGGGCGGAUGUUUCGCGAGGCUUGGGGAGCUGCGGCUUCUAAAAAACAAGCUGAAUUUAAUGAUUUUCUUGAGAGAAACCACAUGUGCAUAUCAAUGGAACUUGUAACUGCUGUUCUUGGUGAUCAUGGACAGCGUCCCCGAGAAGAUUAUGCGGUAGUUACAGCAGUUACUGAAUUGGGCAAUGGAAAGCCAAGGUUCUAUUCAACUCCUGAAAUAAUUGCUUUCUGCAGAAAAUGGCGCCUACCUACAAAUCAUGUGUGGCUGUUUUCAACAAGGAAAUCAGCAUCAUCCUUCUUUGCUGCCUAUGAUGCUUUAUGUGAGGAGGGUACUGCAACACCGGUAUGCAAGGCUCUUGAUGAAAUUGCAGAUAUAUCUGUACCAGGUUCAAAAGACCAUAUAAAGGCCCAAGGUGAAAUUCUGGAGGGUCUCGUAGCUCGUCUUGUGAGUCAUGAUAGUCCAAAUCAUAUGAAGAAAAUUUUGAAAGAAUACCCUUUUCCACCUGCUGAUGGAGAUGCCCUUGAUUUGGGACCAAGUCUAAGGGAAAUUUGUGCUGCAAAUAGGUCUGAUGAAAAACAGCAAAUAAAAGCUCUUCUUGAGGGUGUUGGUAGUUCUUUUUGUCCCGACUACUCGGAUUGGUUUGGGAUCGGUGCUACUGAUUCUCAUUCAAGAAAUGCAGACCGAUCUGUUCUUUCAAAGUUUUUGCAAACCAAUCCUGCAGACUAUUCAACUAAAAAGUUGCAGGAAGUUGUCCGGUUGAUGAGGGAAAAACGCUUCCCCGCUGCAUUCAAAUGUUAUCAUAACUUCCAUAAAGUUGAUGACAUAUCAAGUGACAAUCUUUUCUACAAAAUGGUCAUUCAUGUACACAGUGACUCAGCUUUCAGGAGAUACCAGAAAGAAAUGAGGCAUAAACCUGGAUUAUGGCCACUAUAUCGAGGAUUCUUUGUUGAUAUCAAUUUAUUCAAGGCAAACAAGGAGAGAACCACUGAAAUUUCAAAGAAUAAUAGUACAAGUGAAAGUGCUAGUGAUAGCUCUGAGAAAGAAGAAUUAGCUGAUGAAGAUGCAAACUUAAUGGUCAAAUUGAAAUUUCUUACGUAUAAGUUGCGAACAUUUCUCAUUCGAAAUGGCUUGUCAAUUCUGUUUAAAGAAGGUCCAGGUGCUUACAAGGCUUAUUACCUAAGACAAAUGAAAAUAUGGGGAACCUCCCCAGGAAAGCAGAGAGAACUUAGCAAGAUGCUUGAUGAAUGGGCUGUCUUUAUAAGAAGGAAGUAUGGAAAUAAGCAACUAUCAUCAUCAACUUAUCUUAGUGAAGCUGAACCUUUCCUUGAACAAUUCGGAAGACGAAGUCCUCUGAACCAGGCUCUAAUAGGCUCUGCGGGUAAUUUAGUUAGGACUGAAGAUUUCUUGGCCAUUGUUGAGGAAGGCCAGGACGAAGAAGGUGAUCUUGCAGCAGAGCGGGAGUCAGUGUCACCUGGGCCUAGUAUCCCAGUUCAAGACACGGUCCCAAAAGCUGAUGGGCUGAUUGUAUUCUUUCCUGGAAUACCUGGUUGUGCUAAGUCUGCCCUUUGCAAAGAAUUGCUAAAGGCUAAAGAAGGAUUAGGAGAUGAGCGGCCAAUGCAUAGUCUCAUGGGUGAUAUGAUAAAAGGAAAAUAUUGGCAGAAAGUGGCUGAAGAACGCAGAAGGAAACCAAAGUCUAUAAUGCUUGCUGACAAGAAUGCCCCAAAUGAAGAAGUUUGGAGAUUGAUAGAAGACAUGUGUCGCAGAACCAGGGCAUCUGCUGUUCCCAUUGUGCCGGAUUCCGAAGGAACUGAUACAAAUCCAUUUUCCCUUGAUGCAUUAGCUGUUUUCAUGUUUCGUGUGCUUCAACGAGUCAAUCAUCCAGUAUAUAUCCCCUUAUUUUUCUGAAAUAACAAGGCAUCUCCAAAUGCUGGCUAUGUGCUUCUAAUGUUUUAUCACCUCUAUGAGGGCAAGAGCCGUAAAGAAUUUGAGAGUGAAUUAAUUGAGCGUUUUGGGUCGCUUGUCAAGAUGCCACUGUUGAAGCCGGAUAGGACUCCCCUUCCCGAGGCUUUGCACUCUGUCCUGGAGGAAGGAAUUGAUCUAUAUAAGCUUCACACUAAAAGACAUGGAAGAUUAGAAUCUACCAAGGGGUCUUAUGCACAGGAAUGGACAAAAUGGGAGAAACAACUACGAGACAUCCUUUCUGGGAAUGCUGACUAUUUGAAUUCAGUUCAGGUUCCGUUUGAGUUUGCUGUCCAGCAAGUUCAGGAAGAAUUACAGAAGGUUGCCAAGGGUGAUUACAUACCGCCAGUUACCGAGGAGAGGAAACUUGGAACCAUCAUUUUUGCUGCCCUCAGUCUACCAGUUACAGAAAUUCAUGCUGUUCUUAACAAUUUAGCCAAGAAGGAUCCCAAGAUUGAAGCUUUCCUUAAAGACAAGAAAUUAGAGAAUCUUAAUCGUGCUCAUUUGACUCUUGCCCACAAGAGAAGUCACGGCAUCAAAGCUGUAGCUGACUAUGGCCUUUUCCUGCAUAAGAAGGUACCAGUGGAGCUUACAGCACUACUCUACUCUGAUAAGAUGGCUGCAUUUGAAGCAUUUCCGGGGUCAGUUGAAGGUGAGAAGAUAGAUUCCAAGAAUGAGUGGCCUCAUGUUACCGUAUGGACUGCUGAAGGCGUUUCUGCCAAAGAGGCCAACAUGUUGCCACAUUUGCUUGCAGAUGGGAAAGCAAAUAGGAUUGUCUUCAAUCCUCCCAUCAAUAUAUCCAGCACAAUGGAGUUCUUUUGAGCAUUCAGUUCCUCAUCUACCCUUCCAAAUUCCUAAAUCCCCAUGGCACUAACAUCAAGAGAUGAUGGAAAAAAUUUUGUAGGAGCGAGCAUUUACUAGAGAUAUUUGUGUACAUAUAGGCUUAUUACAAGGUGAUUUCUGCAAUUGAGUGGUGGGGUAUUCCCGUCUUGGCUUGUUUCACUUGGUUCUCUUUCAUGUUAAGUUAUCAAUUUAUAUGUAUUUUUUCCAAUGGAAUAUGUGUCUUA